ACAACAGCCACAACUAAAAAUGAAGAAAGUUGACCUUGUCCUUAUCCUUGGACCAGGCGCAGGCCACCUGGUUCCCUAUAUUGAGUUUGCAAAGCACUUGUUGGAUCGAGAUGAUUGUUUCUCAGUGACUGUUCUUCUCAUGGAUUCUCCUUUUGGCCCCUCUCCUUCAGCUGCACACACUAAAUCACUUGCAGAAUCUAAUACUUCAAUAAGGUUCAUCAAUGUUUCUCCUCCUGUUGACUACUGUCCUUCACAAGAGGUUCAUAAAUCCUUUGAAAAGUUUAUGACUGAGUAUAUAGAUUGUCAUAGAGCUUGUGUUAAAGAAGCUAUUGUCAAGCAUGUGCUUUCCAGUUCUAACUCAGCUCCACUUGCUGUAUUGGUAGUUGAUUUCUUUUGCACAUCAAUGAUAGAUGUGGGAAAUGAAUUUGGUGUUCCUUCUUAUUUGUCCUCCCCUUCUAGUGCAGCUGCUGUUGGUCUCUUGUUGUACCUUCCAACUCGACAUGAUCGAGUUGGAAGAGAAAUUGAAGAGUUUGAUGGUGAUUUGGUGAUCGCUAGUUAUGUUAAUCCAGUUCCAAGCAGUGGUCUGCCUGACGUUUUGUUGAACAAGCAUGGUGGCUACACUACAUUUAUGAACCAUGGAAGAAGAUUCAAGGAGACCAAAGGGAUUAUUGUCAACACAUUUGAGGAGCUGGAAUCUCAUGCUGUUAAGUCUUUGAAGAAUGAUUUUGAUCAUAUGCCACCUGUUUACACAGUUGGACCAAUGAUUGAUCUCAAGAGUGAGAGUGACAAGUUAGUUCUAGAUGUGACAGAAAGAGAUAAAAUCCUGAAAUGGCUUGAUAAUCGACCUGAUUCAUCAGUUGUUUUCUUGUGCUUUGGAAGCCAAGGGAGCUUUGGAGAAGAGCAAGCGAAACAAAUUGCAGUCGGAUUGGAGCAAAGUGGGGUGAGGUUCUUGUGGUCAAUACGGAAGCCACCACCAAAGGAUAAAAUUAAAAGGCCUAAUGAUUACAAGAGUGAUCAUCUCCAGGAGGUUUUGCCAAAUGGGUUCUUGGAAAGAACAAAGAAGAUUGGUUUGGUUUGUGGAUGGGCGCCACAAAAGGCGGUGUUGGCUCAUAAAUCAAUAAGGGGAUUUGUGUCACAUUGUGGGUGGAAUUCAAUCUUGGAAAGCUUGUGGUUUGGUGUUCCAACUGUGACAUGGCCUAUGUAUGCUGAGCAGCAGAUUAAUGCAUUCCAAAUGGUGACAGAUUUGGGAUUGGGCGUGGAGUUGAGAUUGCAUUACAGGAUCAUGAAUGGGGAAGUUAUGGUUGCAGAUGAGAUAGCAAGAGCUAUCAAAUGUGUGAUGGAGAGUGAUAAUGAGGUGAGGAAGAAGGUUAAAGAGAAGAGUGAAAAGAGCAGAUUAGUAGUAAUGGAGGGUGGAUCUUCAUAUGCUGCAUUUGGAGACCUGAUUGAUGAUAUAUUAAGAAACAAAGCCAUGAAAGAAACAUAGUCUUGUUUAUUCAUAUUUAAUCCUUAAUGAUAUAGGGAUUUUUUCCAUUUUCCUUAAAAGAGUUUCAAGUUCGAAAAUUCUUCAUGAAAUCUUUUUAUCUACUAUUGUUUCAUUUUGUUGAAGUGUGAACCUAUUGUUAUGAAGUCCCUAGUUUAAGAAUCAAGCUACAGUGUUGGAAGAACGUUGAAGAAAGCUGGCCAUCAGGUCGCCGCGACGACAUUAAUUAGCGCGCAGCGUGUGGUAAGAAGAAGCGCUGAAUGAGGAGGAAGUUGCGCCUACUGCAGCAUGCGUCCU